ACGGUCAGUUCGCCCCAAGCCCUAGAAAGCUCUUAAACCCCAGGUUUAGCAGAGGAGGCGAAUCCCUAAUUCCCCCUCCAGUCUUCGGCACCAGGACUCCGGCGGCGGCGGCGAUGGCGGCGGCUGUGGCGAGGUCCGGCUUCCGGCGCAUGUUCUCCAUAUCGGCCUUCGCGCCGCCGAAGCCACCCGUCCCGCGACCCCAGGCCGACCCCUCCCCGAACCUCUUCGUCUCCGGAUUAAGCAAGCGUACCACAACAGAAGGACUUCGAGAAGCUUUUGCAGCGUUCGGGGAAGUUGUGCACGCCCGAGUUGUGACGGAUCGUGUCAGUGGUUUUUCUAAGGGGUUUGGCUUUGUAAGGUAUGCUACAGUUGAAGACGCAACUAAAGGAAUAGAAGGAAUGGAUGGAAAGUUCCUUGAUGGAUGGGUUAUUUUUGCCGAAUACGCUAAACCCAGGCCGCCACCCCAGCAAGCAGAGAUGAAUUCACAGCCACAGCAAUCAUGGGGCCCUCCAUCAGGUUCCUGGGGUUCACAGUAGAUGAAGAAAAGCUCACGGAACCCUCCAUCCGGCCUUGGACUCACAGCAGAUUGAAAGGCUGCCAAUUCUGCAUCUAAUUUAUACUAGAUAUUGUGUGUGCUGUCCCAGGUGUGAAUGCCCUUGGCGUUCCGAUAUUCUUACCGUGUUGGAGUGGUCGUUUACUCGCGUCCAUGGUAUCCACACGUAGAGGUAGUUGUCAAUCCGAAUACGGACCAAAACAUGUAUUUCUGUCGAUGUGCAACAGGUGAGAAACAGUUGAAAACCAUUGCGAAUAAUGUCUGCUGUCGUGCUUGUCUUGGGAUGUUAUGCAAGGACGUCGUUUUAUUUGAAUUGUCGCCGCGCUUAUCAGCUGGUGGCUUCUGCUACUCUCCAGAGUGCUCCUGUACUAGAUAUUGUGUGCGUGCUAUCCCAGGUGUGAAUGCCCUGAAUAAUGUCUGUUGUGGUGCUUGUCUUGGGAUGUUGUUAUGCAAGGACGUCAUUUUAUUUGA